AUGUCUACUAUGUGUUCUUCAGAAGCUAGGGCGUACCCCAGAAGCGACGCGCAUUGUCCUCGCCCGGGCGAUGUGGCAAAUAUGCGAGGGCUACCGGCUAGAGGACGGAGCCGGCCAAAGAAGAGACUCGCUGAAAAGGCUCCAAUUCAAGGGAAUGAGGCGAUGGCUACAAGCUCAUCUACCACGGCACAUCAAAUCGCAAUGUUGGAAGAUCUGGAGCAGUACGUCCAAUCCCUGGAAGACGAAGAAGUACUCCUAAUCGGAGGAGACUUCAACGGACAUGUCGGUUCUCGGAAAGACUGGUUCGAGAGUUGUCAUGGUGGAUACGGUUUUGGAGCUCGCAACGACGACGGGUUGCGAAUCCUGGAAUAUGCUGUUGCGAGUGACUUGAUCAUUGCUAACACGCAGUAUCGGAAAAGAAAAUCGCAUUUGAUCACGUACACCAGCGGCGGUCGUGAAACACAAAUAGAUUUCUGGAUGUUACGCCGACGAGAUCGCCGACUUUUGCAGGAUUCAAAUGUCAUCCCUACAAACCAUGUCGCUGCCCAUCGCUCAACGUUGGAUAUGGAACACACCGAUAUCGUUAAGGGAGCUGAUGGAGUCCUUCUGCGCCGCCCUAGUCAGAUCCUGGAGAGGUGGCGAGAGUACUACAACCACUUGUGUAACGAAGAGUUCUGGCAUCCUCCUAUCCCUACUGUUCCCAGCUUCGAGGGUCCUGUUCUACCAAUUACUGCCGUCGAAGUCAGUGCUGCCCUCGCAAAAUGGAAGUCGAACAAGGCAACCGGUCCUGAUGACAUACCUGCUGAUGUCUGGAAAUUGCUAGGAGAUCGAGGGUCCGUGUGGCUUGCAACUCUAUUUAACAAAAUCGUUGCAGAAGGACGGACUCCAGACGUUUGGCAUACUUCCGUGACCGUGCCUGUCUGGAAAGGGAAAGGAGACAUUGCUGACUGCACUUCGUACAGGCCUAUACGACUGCUGUGCCAUACGAUGAAGGUUUUUGAGGGUGUCCUGGAGGUUCGUCUGAGGAAAAUUAUCAGCGUUUCACUCAACCAGUGCGGUUUUGUGAAGGACUGCAGCACUAUAGAGCUAUCCAUGCUGUCCGUAUCCUUCUGGAGAAACAUCGAGAGAAGAACCGCAGUGUGCAUCUUGCUUUUCUCGAUCUCGAGAAAAGAUAACGAAGGAAAUCCAGAAGCAGCAUCCAUGGUCCCUACUCUUUGCCGAUGA